UCUCACUGGUCCCCCCUCUUUAGAAAGUCCAGCCUCAUGCCCUAGCUGUGGACCUGGGCUGUGGGACAGGGCAGAACUCACGCCUGAUGGCCCCACACUUCCAGGAGGUGGUGGGCAUCGACAUCAGCGAGUGCCAACUGGAGGAGGCCAGGGCAGUGACAGGGUUCAACAACAUCACCUACAGGAAAGGGACAGCUGAGGAGCUGCCGUUUCCGGAUGCUUCUGUGGACCUACUGACUGCAGCCUCAGCGGCCCAUUGGUUUGACCAGCAGCGGUUCCUCUUGGAGGCAGGCCGGGUCCUGAAGCCUUGUGGCUGCAUGGCUCUGCUUGGCUUUGCUGAUAACUUCAGACUCCAUUACGGCUCAUGUGGGGACAGACUCACUGACAUCUGUGAUGAGUUCAAGAAGGUGCUGUUACCAUACACCAGCACACGGGUAGCAGUGGCCAACACCAAACUACAGGAGCUUUACACUGCUAUCCCCUUCCCUGACAAAGAGAGAAUUGAGUGUAUCCCACUGAAGCAGCAGAUCUCAGUGAGGAACAUAGUGGGCUUCAUGGAGUCCUUCUCCAUGUACCAGGCCUUACAGAGGGCCGAGCCUGAUGCUGCCACCGCACUGCUGCAGAGAACACUUGACAGGUUUCUGAAGGAGAUGGGAGUCACAUCACCAGACACACUCAUGGAAGUGACGCUGGAGUAUUUCUGUGUCCUGGCGUCUAAACCGGAGUGAACACUCUUUACAGUGUGAAUGUGUUUGUGUGUAGACAGAUGUUUCUUAAGCUUGUGUUUAGGCUUGUGUGAAUCAUGUUCAAGCUGUUACUAGGAAUGUUAUUCUGUUCACAUAAGAUGUCAUUGAAGUCCCUUUGGUUUUGUCUGCUCUUUUCUAUUAUACAUUGUAAUGUAGAGCAAACUAUUCACCUUAGUCACAUCAUUAUCAAAAUGCUUGCCACAUUUAGUAUCUUCCUUGCCUGAGAUUGACAAUAAAAUGUGUCUGUAGACACAAUUGUAAA